AUGUAUUGUUUUUACACUUCUUCAAAUGAAAAACUAAUUGUCACCUUCGUCUGCCGUACUCAAACCCAUCGCGGUCCGGAGUGUGUCCACGGCGGGCGGGAGCCCAACGAUCGCGGUCCGGAGUUUGUCCACCGCAGGCCGCAAACUAACCAACGCAGGCCGCAGUCUAACGAUCGCGGUCCAGAGUUUGUCCACCGCCGACCGGAGUCGAACGAUCGCGUUUUCUUUUCCUUCAUUCCUUCUUUUUUCUUUCCUCUCAUUCUUUCUUUUCGUCUUUCAUUCUUUCUUUUUCUUUCUCUUCAUUCUUUCUUUUUUUCUUUCAGUUCUUUCUUUCACCCAUUUUUUCUUUCUUCCCAUCGCUCUUUCUUUCUUCCUAUUAAUUUUUCUACUUUUGCAUUAUUUCCUUUUUCUUUCUCAAUUAAUUUUUUCUUCUUCUCAUCAAAUCUUUCUUCUUAUCAUUUUUCUUCAUUCUCUUUUUUUCUGUUAAACCUUUUUUCUUUCUUCGUAUUAGUUCCUUUCUCUUUUUCACAAUUAAUUUGUUCUUCUUAUCCUUUUUCAUUCUCUUCCUUCGAUAAGUCUUUUCUUCUAUCUAUGCAUUCUGUUUUCAUUCUAUCAAUUGCCUUCUUCCUUUUUUCCUUCUUUCUGUUUUCUUUCUUUCAUCAUUUCUCUGUUUUCAUUCUUCCUUUGAUUUUUCUAUUUUCUCAUUCCUUGAUUUCUUUCACAAUUUUCUUUCUUUAUUCUCCUUUCCUUCUUUCAUAUAUUUUUUUUUCUUUUAAUUGA